UGUGCAACACAUCUGCAAAUCGCUUUUGGUGGCAAUACAAUACUAGGUUUUCUCUGAAUUAGGUGUGCUGCGGUUAUUUUCUUGUGGUUAGAAUUUGCCAUCAAAUCCUUUAAGCUUUGUUUAUUCAUUUAAUAAAUAAACAUAAAGCUUUAAGCAUGUCAUCAAGACAUCCUCUUGUUUUUCAUGUGUUAGCAGAAUGUAAAAUUUCCAAAGCAAGAGUUAGCAAAAUGAUUUUGCCUCAUGGAGAAGUUGAUACACCAGUCUUCAUGCCAGUUGGAACUCAAGGUACACUCAAAGGAUUACUAACAGAACAGUUGGACAAUUUAGGUGUGCAAAUAAUGCUUGCGAACACGUACCAUUUGGGAAUUAAACCUGGUGUGGAAAUUUUAAAAAAAGCUGGUGGUUUACACAAGUUUAUGAAUUGGAACUGUGCACUCCUAACGGACUCUGGUGGUUUUCAAAUGGUGUCGCUUUUAAAACUUGCUGUAAUCACAGAGAAAGGUGUUCAGUUUCGGUCAUUAAAUGCAAGCAAGUCUGAAAUCGUGUUAACUCCUGAACAUUCCAUCGAGAUACAAAAUGUGAUUGGUGCAGAUAUAAUCAUGCAGUUAGAUGAUGUAGUUAAAACUACAAGUUCCGAUGAUAAAAGAAUUGAAGAAGCCAUGUAUCGGACGACUAGAUGGUUGGAUCGUUGCAUGCAGUCACACAAAAGAGUUGAAGAUCAAAAUAUUUUCCCCAUAGUGCAGGGAACGUUAAAUACGAAACUGAGAUCCUUAAGUGCAAAGGCACAUAUGAAACGAGAUGUUAGAGGCUUCGCAAUUGGAGGACUAAGUGGAGGGGAAAGUAAAGAUGAAUUUUGGAAAAUGGUUAAUCUAUCGACAGACAUCUUGCCAAAGAACAAGCCUCGGUAUCUGAUGGGUGUUGGGUUUGCCAUUGAUUUGGUGGUUUGUACUGCAUUAGGUGUAGACAUGUACGAUUGUGUCUUUCCAACAAGAACGGCGAGGUUCGGUUGUGCAUUAGUAAUGACUGGUCAAUUAAAUUUAAAACAGAAAAUGUAUAAAACUGAUUUAACUCCUAUUGAUAAAGAUUGCGAUUGUUCCACUUGUAAAACAUAUACCCGUUCUUAUUUACAUCACAUCGCAACUAUUCAUACCGUGUCUUGUCAUUUGCUAACUGUUCAUAAUGUCGCUUUUCAAUUAAGAUUAAUGAGAAAUAUACGUGAAAGCAUUAAAGAAAAUAAAUUUGUGGAAUUUGUGCAAAGCUUUAUGGUCGAUUUGCACCCAAACAAAGAUUAUCCAAAUUGGGUCAUUGAUGCGUUACAAGCAGUAGGUAUUCAACUAAAAUAAAGCAAGUUUUACAAUACCUAAUAUUGUAUUCUUUAUUAAUUACAUGAAAUCGUCAGAAUCGUUACCAUCAUCGGUGUUAAGGGUCAUACUGCCUACUUUAAAAAGUGUACUGUAACUGCGCAUAUCAGCGUCUUCGGCUUUUCGUUUCUCUUCCAUCUUCUCUUUUUCUUUUUGUUCCCGUAGUUGUUUCUUUUUAUCUUCACGUUCUAGCCGAUCGCGCUUUUCACGUUCUGCACGGAAAUCUGGAAAUAAUUCCUUCUUUGUCUUAUUCAAUCGGUUAACAAUAUCAUUUAUCCGUUUUGCAACUUUAAUCUUGCGCACCUCUUUUUCCUUAUGAAAUCCAAUUUGGCCUAUCUCCAUGGCUGCAGUCUUCUUCAAAUUAACCCACAUAGUAUAAACAACCUCGAUAUCAUUCAUUUUAUUGCCCUGAAUGCUGUUUGCUUUUACCAAUUGUGCGGCAUCUUCUAGGACAUUUGUGGGAAUAUCGUCAAUAGUUUGACCCUAAAUGUUGCAAAAUGUCAAAAGAAGUAGUAAUAAGAAUUACAUUUUUAUAAUUACAGAUUUAAGUCGUAAAUAAACAUGUGCUGAUGACACCUUGUCAACAUGAAACCAUACAUCUUCAGGCCAACCCCACUUUAUUAGAUCUUCAUCUAAAAAUUAAUAUUAUAGGUUACGUUAAAAAUCGUUGUAAAUUGGUACUCACUUUCAUGCUUGUCUAUGCCCAUAAAUAAUGUGACUGGUGGAGAAACCACAUCGCUUUCGAAAUAAAAAACCAUUUUAAAUGUUUGUGGUUAUGUUAGCACUCAACCAUAGACGAUGGAUAAAUAGGUACGUGAUUUGUGCUUUAUUUGUGGAAUGUGAACGUACGAGCUUCUACUUCAGCUACCUAUAUAUAGUAACGGAUAAGUGCUGCCACAUUGGGUUAAAUAAGUUAAAUUGUAGUACCUACUUGAAUAUUCAAUUGGGUUAAUAGACUAAUUUAAAGUAAUAAAGUAAAUAACUCCUCCGGUAGUGGCGACAGGGUAGCACAAAGACAUUAGAGUCUUUUUUUACCCGCUAACCCACCACAAAUCACCGUCAAAAGUAGGUUUUGUGUCGUUUUAACUUUUAACAGUUUUUUGUUUUGGGCUUUUAACGUGCCUCUAGCCACGGCUUUAAUUUUUAUCUAUAGAAUCUCAAGGUCAAAUUGUAACAAAAGAGUUCCAAUUUUUGUGUUCACAGUUCACAAUUAGCCACAGAGUUGUAUAUAUACUUAUAUACAACUCUGUGCAAUUAGCACAACAGAUACGCUGUCAACUGGACAAAAUUUAAAAACAAAUGGCGCCAUAAACUGGCUCUGUGAUUGGCUGCUUAGCAUAAUAUACCACAUCGUUUGCAAGGACGCGAAGUAUAAGAAAUUAAAUUAUAGGUACGUAUAUAAUUAACUUAAGCAAUACAAUUAUACAAAAAAACAAACGAUCACUGCCGUGGCCUUGUCUUUGUAAAGUCGUGUGGUUCAAGGAUGCCUUUGUAGUUAAAUCAAAUCUAAUUUUCUGUUUAAAAACAAAAGCAGCUUCAACAGGAUGGAAAAAAUUGAAGAAAACAAUAAGUGGACUGAUUGUGUGUUUGUUUUUGAAGAUUUAAAAAUUCCCGCUCAUAAAUUGGUGCUGUCCUAUAAUAGUCCUGUUUUUAAGUCCAUGUUUUAUGGUUCGAUGGCAUCCGCUGAAGUUUUAAUAAAGGACAUUGAGUCUGGAGAUUUUAUCCAAAUGCUAGAGUUUAUUUACACCGAAAAAAUUGUCUUUAAAUCGAUAAAUAAUGCAUGGUCGGUUUUGUACAUUAGUCAAAAAUAUUUCAUUAGUAAUUUGAAAAACAUUUGCGUAGAGUUUAUUUAUUUCAAUCUCACAAUACGCACCCUAUUGCUUAGUUACGAAUAUGCCAUUUUGUACAAUUUAAAUCAAUUACUCAAUAAGUGUUGGCGUGAUAUUCUAUUAACCGCAAAGGAAGUUUUGCAAGUAGACUACCAUAUGAAAGCGUCUACCUUUUGUGCAAUGCUCGAUGAAAAUGAAAUUAAUGCUCACGAAAUCGAUUUAAUUGAAGCUGCAAUUAAAUGGUCCGAAGAUGAGUGCAUUUUUCAGAAUGUUGACGUUACUGAAAAAAACAAGUUACAAAUUUUAAUUAACAGUGGAAUUUUAUCGCGGUUACGUUUUAGACCUUUGGGAAAGCAUUUGUGUCAGGGGCUGUAUCGAUUAUUGGCAAAUAACUUGGAUAAUUUAUCAGACUGCAGUGUCAAUACUAUUGUGGUGCAAAGGUACAGAAUGCCCUAUCACAUUAGAUAUAGAUUUAGAGAGGCCUAUAAAAUUGAACGAAAUUUAGUUUUAAGUAAUUUUAACGAAUUUCAUUGUCUUAUUAGUGUAGGACAUGAGGUGGUUAUGUAUGGUGUGGCCGUCACUCCACCACAUAAGGAUGGCUUUAGGGAAGCAUGUACAAAUGUAAUAGUAUCAAUUUUUGAUAAUAGUGGAGUUCUUUUAAGUCAAGCAAAAGAUAUUAUAAGAAUGGUCUCUGAUUAUGAAGUACCUCAUUUGGUUGGUUUACCUAAUGGUGUCAGGUUUAUGGCAGCUACAAAGUACAAAAUUUCCGUAACAUAUCUGUGCGAUUCAGAUUUAAGUCAACCAAAUGAAUUACUUUGUUUUUACUUAAGUUGUAGUAUUAAGACACUCACGAAUUCGCUGUCAAUAGAAUUCGACGAUCACUUGUAUGGAGGAAUUGUAAGAGGUAUGUCCUUUUAUGUCUUCUGAUUGAUUGGUAGUUGUCUUAACUUGUGGAAUCAAACUUACACAAUAUAAGGCAGGUCGAUUUUAGAGCACGUUAUCAACGGAAAUUAGUACAUAUUGGCUUUAUCCACUUUGGGGAAAGAUAGGUACCUAAAUAAAAAGUAUUUAGGUAUGUCUAUAUAAAGAAUUACCUAGUUGUAGAGUACCUAAACUUUACUAUUAUCAUUCAAAGAAUAAUUUGUUUUUUCUUCGUUCAUAUUUGAAAUGGUGUCUUGUAUUUCGAGAGCAAUAAAUUUAAAUUGUGUUUGAUUUCUUGUGAUUUACAAAAAAGUACUAAUAUAUAGAUCAGCGGUG